UUUUUUUUUCUUUUCAACUCUUUCUCUCACUCUCUCUUUCACUCUGUCUCUUUCACUCUCUCUCUAAACAAGAGCAUGGACGACGGCGACGACGUCAUCUUUGAGCUCGUGCAGCUGGAGGUCACGCACUCGUGGCUGUCUGCACUGACGCGCGAGACGUUCAUUCUGGCCAGCAACCUGAGCGUCCGCGAAGUCAAGCUCGAGGUCAUUGCCCAGUCCGCCAUCAUCGCCACCCACUUCCGCAAGCUCGAGUUUGACAUUUCUACAGCGGCAGCAGCAGCCUCCAACAAUAGCAGCAGCAGCAGCAGCAGCAGCAGCGGCUUCAAUCCUGCUGCUGCGAACGCAUCUUCAGCCGCCGGUUCAUCCGUCGCAGCGGGGGGAUCAGCCGCACACACGACCUCCUCGCCUGCAGACACUGGCAGCAGCAGCACCGCCUCAACCACCACUACCACCACCAUGCCGGGCGCCGCGUCCGAUGCGCUCUGCAAUGCUUUGGUCUUUGCGUUUGCUGGCCGUGAGCUGCCAAUCGCGCAGGAAGCCAGCCUCCGCUUUGUCGCCAUCGACCCGAGCAUCCCCGACGCCGUCUCCAACUGCGCGACCAUUUACAUUUCGCUGCGGCGGCGGACUGACCCGGCGGUGGUCGCGGCCGCGGUUUCUGCUGGCCCAACUCGCAGUGCUCUUCUCCUUCAACCGCUGAAGGACCAGCAGCAGCAGCAGAUGCAGACACCGACGCUCCGGCCGUCCACAACGUCCACAGCGACGUCUUCCGGUACUGCUGCGAAUGCUGGGGCGUCCUCACCGCAGAUGAACCGCGCUCGCACGACUCAUCAGGGCUCGGCAGCAGCAACAGCAGCAGGACAACAACAACAACAACCCGACGCGGACCAGGCCGGACCCUUGCCCAUGAUUCUGUUGCGACAGAGCCCAGCCGAGCCGGCGACGGGCGACACGAUCGCAGAAACACGUCGCCGAUUGUGCAGCGCGCCGGCACCGUCGUCCUUUGGCGCGGGAGCUGGCAUUGAGCGACUUCCCGUGCGCAUCUGCUUCUCGACCGAUUGCGAGCUUCUCAUCCCGUGCGGCGACGGCGCUGUCUUGCUGGGCGACUUUGUUCUCUCGGCUGUCGGUGGUCUUGUCGCAACAGGCUUGCUCCAGCUGGCUCCGGCUGCUGCAGAAGCGCUGGCAAAGGCCGCGCCAGCCUCGACCACCACAACGACCACCACAACGGGCGCAAAGACCAGCACCUCGUAUGCCUCGGGCCUCUACUCGUCCAUUCUCAAGCAAUUGGCAGUAACAGCGGACGACGGCACAACUCUGGCGGUGGACGAGCCGCUGGGGAUGCUGCCCUACCUGCAACACUGCCUCAAGUCCAAAGAGCUCGCCCAUCUCGCCGUCACUUUCGAAUCCCUAGUGUCGCGCGACGACGAGGAUUUCGAGUCCGAAGGCGAAGAAGAGGAGGAGCCCGCCAACAACAACGACGACGCAGCAAGCUAUUACGACGACGUCGAGCCCAUCUUGGGCGACGCUUCGCCCUUGAUAGAAGAGGAGAAUGCGUAUGCGGUCAUGCCACUGAAGCGAGGUGCUGCCGCUGCUGCGUCGAACGGCGCCGCAGCCCCUGCAGCCGCCGCUACGACAUCGUCGGCACCCCCGCCUAUUCCCACGGCGCCAAAGCCCGUUUCCUCGACUGGACCUGCAAGCCCCGCGCCUGGUCCGCAGGAAUCCUUGUAUGCCGCCCUGCGCCCCGGUGCCCGUGACUUGUCUGGCAUGUCGAAUGAUUUGUACAGCGCCCUCUCGCCUCCUGUGCCUGCCCUGCCGCCCCGGCGCAACACAAUGACUGCCAACACAACGGCGCACGCCGGCAACCACCCGUCGCAUCAGGGCGUUGUGCAAGCACCCGGCGCGCCUCCACUUCCAUCGCGUGACAAGCACAUGUCGGACAGUCAGAGUCUCAUUAAGAGUCUCCAAGCCGACCGUCGUUCGAUGGCCGUCCAUGUCUCCUCCUCCUCCUCCACCUCCUCCUCCCACGACCAGCGGGCUUCGCUCCAUUCCGGCAACCGGACGAACGGGUCGGCCGUCACCGAGCCCAUGAUGCGAUCGCAAUCCGUGUCCUCCACGGGCAAAGCUCGCGGCCGCUCUGGACGAAACCGCCGCCCAAUGUCGCGGGCCAACACCAUCCGAAGCAAGCAAAUCUUCCCGAUCGAGUUUGUCUUCCCGUCAGGCCAAUCGCUCCUUGUGCCGUGCCCAGGCUCUUACAACAUUGAGCGGGUCAAGUCUCUUGUCUGGACGCGCGUGUUUGAGUACAACGCCACCGUGCAGCACUCGCAGCCCAUCGAUGUCGGCAUUCUCGACAAUUGCGCUCUCAAGUACGUGAUGCAGAACCAGCUGUACGAGCUGUUCGACGAGCAGCAGCUGCUCCAGACUCUGCAAAUCAUCAAGCACUGGCUCAGCUCUGGGGAGAAGCAACAACUGUUUGUCGCCUCUCGCACCGUCGAGCUUGGCAAGAGGGAAAAGCGUUUGAACAUGAAAAUUGGCGAGCUGAUCGGCUACGGUCUCCACCAGUUCACUCAACAGCACAACCCCGAGCUCGAUCUUAUUCGUCGGCGCUUUGUCUGUGUCCGACGUGCCGCCGUGGAUCAGCGUGACUUUUACGCCUACAUGCUCGACUGCAACACGACUUCGGCCAAAGUGCCCCAGAACUUGGUGACCAAAAUGAUUGACAACAAGCUCAAGAUCAAAGUCUUCUUCAGCCAAGGCACCUCCAAGACGCUGAUUUUCGAUGCCUACUCGAGGCCGACGGACUUGCUCGAAAGUCUUGUGACUGAAAAGUCCAUCAAGGUGUUAAACCUGCCCUCGGAUAGCAAACCCGGACACUACAUUCUCAAAAUGCGUGGAAUGGAGGACUACUUGGACGGCGACAACUCGUUGAUUAGUUUCAAGCAAAUCCGCCGCUGCGUUCUGAAAGGCGAACCCAUCGAGCUGACUGUGAUUGAGCGCGUCAAGUUAAACUUUGAGGACGAGGCCAAUUUAAUGGAAGAGUUUGAUUUGAUUGACGACUCUAUUGGCGUCACUGGAACCCACGAGCAACUGUCGGCCAAGAUCCGCGAUCAUACUCAAAUUACAACCCAGUCGCUUUGGGAUAUUUCGCGCCGCUUCCGCAUUCGCAUUACCGGAGCAGAUCGUCUGGUUCACGGCAACGUCCGCUCGCUUUACGUCGAGGCAGCAAUCUAUCACGGUGGCCAGCUUUGCGCAAGCCCACUCAAGACCGAUCAAGUCCCAAUCACCGCAGCCCCGCGCUGGCGCGAGUGGCUCACGUUCGACAUUGAGACAUCGAAUUUACCCCGAGCGGCUCGCAUUUGCUUUACCGUUUACGGGCGUUGGAACGCCAAGAAGAACAUGAGCGACGACAAGGAGCACGACAUCCAUCCGCUGGGCUGGGUCAACUUUUUGCUCAUGGAUUACAAGGGCUACCUGCGAUCUGGCCACUUUACCCUGGCCCUAUGGCCCGAGGACAAGGCCAACCCGAUUGGCACCACCAUGCCCAACCCUGCUGGGAACGAGUCCGGAACGCUGUCGAUCGAAUUGGACACCUUCCAGCAUGCCAUUGCCUUCCCGCAUGAUCUCUACAUGAACGAGUACAAAAACCUGAAUAUGCCGAUGCCGACCGACGAGCACGAUCAUCAGCGGCUCGAGCAAAUCAUCAACUCGGAUCCCCUGUUCCGCCUGGACUCGCGCGACGAAAAACUCGUGUGGAUGUACCGCCACUAUUGCAUGCGACGCCCGGAGGCGCUGCCAAAGUUCUUGCUGGCAGUGAAAUGGAAUCGACGCGAGCACGUCCAAGAAGCUCACAAGUGUCUGCUGGCGUGGGCCGCGCUCAGUCCGGAGGCGGCUCUAGAGCUGCUGGAUGCCAACUUUGCAGACGAACGCGUUCGUGCCUACGCAGUCUCUCGGCUCGAACUGCUGCCGAACGACGAGCUGGGCGACUACUUGCUGCAGCUGGUCCAGGUGCUCAAGUACGAGCCGUAUCACGACAGCGCCCUCGCACGCUUCCUGCUGCGUCGCGCUCUGCUGAACCGUCGCAUCGGUCACAGCUUUUUCUGGUAUCUUCGCGCCGAAGUGCGAACUCCAGACAUUGCCCAGCGCUUUGGACUCUUGCUCGAGGCCUUCACGCGAGGCUGUGGGACCCCGAUGAUGAACGAGCUCGUGCACGAGCACCAAGCCUUGGACACGUUUGUCAAGGUGGCCAACUUUAUCAAGGGCGCCAAGUCGUCCGUCGAGCGGAAGGAAAUGCUGCGGCAGCAGCUCGAAAAGGUUCAGCUCCCUGAGCAAUUUUCCUUGGCGUACGACCCGAACAUUCACGUGGGCAGUUUGCGACUCGAGUCGUGCAAGUACUUUGACUCCAAGAAGCUGCCAUUGCGUCUUGUGCUGGACAACUCAGACCCUGCUUCUCCGCCAGUCUAUGUCAUUUUCAAAUCCGGCGACGAUCUUCGCCAGGACAUGUUGACAUUGCAAAUGUUGCGAAUCAUGGACAACCUCUGGCAGCAAAACAGCCUGGACUUGCGAAUGAACCCGUACGGGUGCAUUUCCACGGGCCACGAAGUCGGCAUGAUCGAGGUCGUCCUGAAUGCUGAGACGGUCGCCAAAAUCCAGCAGCAGUACGGCGGUUCGAUGGCCGCAUUCAAAGACGAGACGCUGCACAACUGGCUCCGCCAGCAAAACCCCACCGAUGCAGAUUUUAACCGUGCGGUCGAGACCUUUACGCUGUCGUGUGCAGGAUACUGCGUCGCGACCUAUGUGCUGGGCAUUGGCGAUCGCCACAACGAUAACAUCAUGGUCACAAAGUCGGGCCACCUCUUCCACAUUGACUUUGGUCACUUCCUCGGCAACAUAAAGCGCAAGUUUGGCAUCAAGCGCGAGCGCGCUCCAUUUGUGCUGACGCCCGACUUUGUCUACGUCAUGGGCAAGCGCGAGGGUUUCCAGUUCCAAAAGUUCCAAGAGUACUGUUGCCAAGCCUUCCUUGCGCUUCGCCGCAAGGCGAACAUGUUUAUUAAUCUGUUUGCAAUGAUGCUCUCGACUGGUAUUCCUGAACUCAAGAGCGCCGACGAUAUCAACUAUCUCCGCGAUGCGCUCUGCCUCGGCAAGACUGAGGAGGAGGCCGCCAAGGAGUUUAAAAACCUCAUCUUUGAGUGUCUGCGCUUGAGUUGGAGCACACAGCUCAACUGGUGGAUUCACAACAUUGCGCAUUCUUGAGUUUCUUGAGCUUUUUGUGUGUGUGUGUGUGUGUGUGUGUG